AUGAAUUAUAAGUGCUUUGUCAGCAAAAAAACAUAACAAAUGGUCGCACGUGUUUCGGUUCUGAUAUAAAAUUGUUAUAUAAAAAAGUGCGAAAAUAUAAAUUUUAGUAAAAUUAUGCAUAUUAAAACUCUUCAAUGUAAAAAUGCAGAAGAACAAAUAAAAAGUUGCACAUAAAUCCUAUCAGAGAAAAGAACACAUCAGUUAAGGUUUAGUUGUUAUCAUCAGCCAUGUGUCAUCCAUCAUGCCAUGGCAACAGAGGUAGUUAGCUGGUAGCUAACUACGGAUGGUCUGGAUGUGUUAACAGGAGUACCUUCCUCAAAAGAAUAUGUCAAUAGAUAUGGCAGUCUUAUGUUGACAUGUGUUGCCACCGAUACCAGCAAUGUGCAAAUUAAAUGGUUCAGAAAUGGUGUGGAAAUAAAUCAAAAUGUAAUGGUUCUUUUUACGGUUCAUGAAAUAUCAGACACUCUUUUGGGAUAUUAUGUUAGUAGUCUUCAAAUUAAUUAUGCUACAAAUGUGACAAAUGGCACCUACUCUUGCAGAGCACAGGGUAUAAAGCGUACUGAACAAUUCUUCACAGAAGUUGAAGUUUACUAUGCUGCUCAAAUUGUUGGCUACACAUCAUAUGUUGUUGUUGGUAAUGAAAUGGCUGUCUUGCAGUGUUCUGCUAGAGGAAAUCCUUUGCCAACAUUUACAUGGUUUAAAGGCUCUUCUAGAAUAAGCUUUAUUUCUGUUAAAUAUACAAGAAAUGAUACGUCUUAUUCAGACGUGACGCAAUCAAUACUUGUAAUCAGAAAUCCAACAGACCAUGACCUCACAACCUAUACAUGUAAAGCUCAAAAUACCAUAGCUGAAAAUAUUCCAAUCACUGUUGAAAAAUCCAUCACUGUGUACCGCACCAGUUUACCACAUUUUCAACAUAAUCUUGUUGAUGGUCCUUUUCGAGUGAAGACCACAUUAACUUUGAAUGUUUCUGUUACAUCUUCUCCAAAUUCAACAUUUGUAUGGUAUAGAAACAGCAUUAUUAUUUCACAGCCUGUGACCAAAACCACAAGACAGUUUACAACUUCUAACCUUACUUCUCAAACUAAUAUAAUCCAGUUAAAUACGUCUGGUUUUUAUUUUGUUGAAGCAUGUAAUAUUGGUGGUUGCGUAAGGAGCAAGACUGUCAAAGUUGAGAUUGAAGGUCAUGUUAGCAUGAAAAACUAUUCCUUCUUGCAACCUGUGCAAAACCUAACAGAGGGUCAAAGCCAUACACAUGAGUGCAUUGCUACAGGAUACCCAGAACCAAUCAUAAUUUACUGGUAUUUAACUGUAAGGUCGAUUAGAAGUCAACAGCAAGCUGGAUGGACAUCGUUUCGCAGUGGUCAGAACUUUAUAAGUAGAUUGGAUUACUCUUUUAUUGAUAAGGAUGAUGGAGGCGUAUUAGAAUGUGUUGCGACAAAUGGAGUUUUAAGAGCAUCUGUGAGCACUACCAUAGCUGUAAAAUAUAAACCGAAAUUGUCUGCAACCCCGGCACUAGUGAAAUAUGUAGCACUUGACUCCAACGAAUCUUUGUCAUGUGUGGCAUAUGGCAAAGAGCCACCGACGAUAAAGUGGAGUAAGAAAACCAACUAUGCUACCCUUAACUACACUAAUGUGCACAUUGACAAUAGAACUGGCCAAGUAAUAAGCAUUUUGAGGCUACAACAGGCUUCUUUUAAUGACGCUGGGACUUACAUAUGUAAUGCAAGCAACAGUGCUGGUUCAAAUUAUUUUACAACUAGAUUAGAGAUACACUAUCCUGUGAAAAUCUAUCAGUAUCCACCCGCCAUUUUACAAGCCAGCGAAAAUGACAUCAAUUACAAUAUAUCAUGCUAUGCAUCUGGGUCGCCAGAGCCAAGAAUACUGUGGUUAAAAAAUGGUGUUGCAGUGAGUUUCACAGAACUGUACCGCAUUCGUAAUGUAGCAAUCAAUUCUUCAGCUGUUUUGUCUACUUUGGAGUUAAAAGUAGUUAAUAAAAUUGACCAUGCAAAUUGGAGCUGUCAAGCAAGUAACGUUCUUGUUGGGAAUCAAUCAACUUUUGACAUAGCAACGACAUUUCUGAACGUGGCAUAUGUGCCUGACUUUAAUUCUACACAGAAGCUACGUACAGUAGCUGAAGGAAGUGACGUGUCAUUACCUUGCCAGGUUAUUUCUUAUCCUGCGUCAAACAUAAGUUGGAUUGGUCCUGUUGACUUUACAAUAGAUCCAAGGUUUUUGUUGGAUGAUCUAAAACUUGUCGAAGUCCAGAGUAGCUAUGUUGUGGUAGAGCGUACAUUAAAUAUCCACAAUGUGUCAAGAAUGGAUGCGGGAUACUACAAUUGUUCUGCAAUUAACUCUGAAGAGAGAAAGGUUUAUCGACAAAUAGAGUUGGUGGUGCACUAUCCUGUUGAAAUUUAUCAACGACCACCAGAAGUAUCUCGUGUAAGUGAAUUCGAUGCUGGAUACAACAUGAUGUGCGAUGCUUCAGGAUUGCCUUUACCAACAAUAUCGUGGUUGAAAAAUGGUGUUAUGUUUUUAUCUUCAAAUUACUCCAUUAGGAAUAUAACAUUAAACUCCUCCGCUGUUUCAUCUAUUUUGACAAUCAAAAAUGUCCAACAGAGUGACCAUGGAAACUGGACAUGUCGUGCUCACAACUCCCUUGUUGGUGGUCAAAGUAGAUCUGAUUCAGCCACAACUCUUUUGAAAGUGACACAUGAUCCAGCUUUCAUAUUGUACCCACCUGAAAAGUAUGUUGAGAUUGAAGGAAGUAAUGUAUCGUUGAUCUGUAGAGUCAGAUCUUAUCCUGCUUCCAACAUUAGUUGGGAUGGUCCUGUUAACUUCGCAAUAAAUGAAAGAUUCGUUUUGGGAGAUCAAAAGGCUGUUGAAAUUGAGAGUAGCCAUGUAAUCUUAGAGCGCAUGUUGAAAAUUCAAAACGUAUCAAGAAUGGAUGCAGGAUACUACAAUUGUUCUGCUGUUAAUACUGUUAGUGAGACACUUCAGAAACCAACAUAUUUAAAUGUGCAAUUUCCUGUUAAAAUCUAUCAACGGCCACCAAAUGUAUCCAAAGUAGAAGAGUCCGUCAUAAGUUACAAUUUGUCGUGCUACGCUGAGGGAUGGCCCCGACCUACUAUAUCAUGGUUUAAAGGCGAUGUUAAUGUGGUGCCAACGCAUCGUGUGCACCUGAAAGAGAUGAACUUCAUUGCAAUUUCUGUUUUGGAAAUUAUAAAUGUUAACCAGAGUCACUACGGAAAUUGGAGUUGUCUUGGAAGAAAUGUUCUUAACCAAAGUCAGGAGACAAUGGACCGUGCUACAACACUACUGAGAGUAUUAUAUAAUCCUAUAUUCUUAUCACCUCCAACAGAGAAGCAACGUACAGUAAUUGAAGGAAGUGAUGUGUCUUUAGUUUGUCAAGUCAGAUCAUAUCCUGCUUCAAACGUUAGUUGGAAUCUUUUGGAUAACUUUCAAUCUGAUAGUAGAUUUGUUUUCGAAGAUCAAAAUGUUGUUCUUAAAAGCAAUGAUGCCUUCGUAGAGAAAACUUUGAAGAUUCAAAAUAUAUCGAGAAGAGAUGCAGGUUUAUAUCGUUGUUCCGCGAGUAACUCCGGAGACAGGAUUUUUUUGAGAGAAACACGUCUGGUUGUGCAGUAUGCUUCUUCCAUCACAACAAAUUUGAAUGGUGGCAUGCAUCGAAUCAUGGAAGGUUCUAGACUUGAGUUGCAUUUUGGUAUCACAUCUGUUCCUCCUUCCAACUUUACGUGGACGAUGGACGGAGUGGUACUGGUCAAGCAGACAGGUCAGGAGGGAACCUCCUUUCAAACUAGUGUCUUCAACAGGACAAUUUUUAGGAAUCAAUCUGCCCAGUACAGAGCAUCAGCAUGUAACUUCUUAGGUUGCAUCAACAGUCGAAUUACCAACGUGAUAGUUGAAUUUCCUCCCACACAUCAAAUCCAGCAGGCAAGCAUCGCGGUAGAACAAAACAAAAAAGUGAAUUUCACCUGUAGAGUAUCCAGUGAGCCAGUUUCAAGUAUUUUGUGGUUGUAUAAGGGCAGUGAGUUAGCCGUUGAUAGAGAUAAUGUCAAUGUGAUAAACUCUGAAAAUGUUUCCAAGUACUUCACAACAGCAACUUCUGUUAUAUCAAUUAGAGACGUUAGGAAAGAUACGCAUAGUGGUGUGUACACUUGCAAAGCGACUAACAAAGUGGAUGUGGUAAAUCAUACUAUUGAAUUGAUUGUGGUGCUAAAUCCACCAGAAUUAUUAACCAAACUUAAUUUGCAGUACAAUGUAAACACUAAUUCCACUUUAUCCUUAUCAUGCGUUGCAAGAAGUAACGAGCUACCCCACAUUGUAUGGUACAAGGACAACGUGCAGAUACGAAACGACAGCAACAAUGCGCUGUUACGCCAUGUGAGUGGCAAAGAAACUAUUAAUGUGACGCUACUCAUACAGCCGGUUAAAGACAACUCGACCGGUGUAUACAGAUGCGAAGCGACAAAUGUGGCUGGUUCUGCCAAAAACGUAACCCAAGUUACUGUUUACUAUCCGCCUAGAAUUGACAAAAAUAGAAGUAACAUUCUAAGGACAAUCGAGUUUACGACAGAUUACACAAAUCUGUCGUGCAGUGCGACAUCCUACCCCAACCCGACGUUUGUGUGGUUUAAAGAUGGUGUGCAGCUUGCUCAGAAUUCUCCUGGAUACGUAAUAACCAAUACUAUUCUUUAUAGCCGUAUCACCAUUAGAAAUGUUGGGAGAAGGGACUUUGGAAAAUGGAAGUGCAUGGCUGAAAAUAGGCUUGUUGGUAAUCUGUUGAGGACUGACGCGUUCACCAUCACUUUACUUGUGUCAUACAGCCCUGGCUUUGCACCGUCAUAUCCUAAACAGUUGUACCUUGCGGCGGAAGGAAAUAAUGUGUCACUUAUAUGUCGCGUCAAUUCGUAUCCACCGCCAUCAUAUGUACGAUGGACAACUCCUGUUAAUGUGACCAUUGACAAUCAAAGGGUUUUUGUGCAAGAUGACAUCAGACACGCCGACAACAAAACAUUGGGAACAGUCUUGGUUAUUACUAAUGUCUCCAGAACAGACAGUGGUUUUUACACCUGUGAGAGCAGCAAUAGUCAGGGGACAAAAAACAUAAGCAGGGAGCUGGAAGUCCAAUAUUUACCUAUUCCAGAGGAUUUGAGAGACCAAGUAGUGUUUGUUUCAGGAAAUGCCGUCCUAAAAUGCACUGUGAUUGGUGAACCUCUGCCGAACAUCACAUGGUGGUUCAACGGAAAGCAAGUAUUAUCAGACGUCACUCAUAAGUUGAUCUCACACGUCAUCAACGACGGGAUGAUACAGGUGACAUCUGUGUUGAAUAUAUUUAACGUUAAAAAAGAGCAGGACGAAGGAGUGUAUACAUGUCGGGCUACGAAUGAUAUAGACACUGGAGAAAAAAAUGUGACCUUGACUGUACAAGUCAUUCCUGAUGGUUUCAAACCAGCACCUGAGAAGAAAUUUAAUGGGUUGUUUGAAUAUUAUGGUUUGGCUUUGAAAAUUCAAGGUAUUAACUUUUCUAUCAGCGACAUUACAACGCAGAGAGAUUUUAUGAAAGAUGAAUUCAACAGAUCACUUGUUUUAGCGCUAACAAGUAUUUUUAACGACAUAGUCAACAACAGUGUGGUGGCUGUUACAAUUCAAAAACCAUUCAUCAACAAGCAAGUAAAUUUCACAAUAACACUAAGGUUAACAGUGACGGAGAGUACUAAACAGCUCACAAAAUCUUUUCAAGAGUCUCUAAUGAAGAAUGACGGGCAGUUGUUUCAAAAUGGAAGCUCAUUUUGCGCGAGUGUGAAGCCCGACACAAUCACAGUAUUAGAUUACAAUGAAUGUGACUUUGCAUCAAAUUGCAGCAAAAAUGCAUAUUGUCUUAAUCUCAAUGAAUCUUCAACAUAUGCAUGCAAAUGCAAGGCUGGCUACACUGGAAAUGGUUUCGUGUGUGUUGUAAAAACCGACAAAGAAAAUAUAUUUAUAAUCACACUGGCUACAAUCAUCGCAUUUGGAAUUAUAGUUGUGAUUGCACUGCUCUACCUUGCAAGACGCAAGCUGAAGAAAGAAACAGAAAAAUUCAAGAGCAAUGUGCAAAAGCAAAUGACAGAAACAAAUGGUUACAAAAACGGUAGGAUGAGUGAUCCUAAGGUUUGGAUGAAUAAUCUACCUCAAGACACGCAGAAGAUCAAAUUUAAAAAUAAAAGAAAGAAGUGAUGUGAUCUCAACCUCCUGUGUGACCAGGUUAUUGUCUUGUAUGAACUCCUGCGUGACCAGGUUAUUGUCUUGUAUGAACUGUUGGCUGUGUGACCAGGUUAUUGUCUUGUAUAAACUGUUGGAAAUAUAUUGUAAAAAGUUUUCUAAGCGCGCAGAACUUGCACAAUUUGCAGAAGUUAAAGCUGAAAUUCCACUCGAUAGCAAAACAGAACGGAAUAAAAAAUAUUUAAAUUUGAAUUGUUAUUUGCAGAUUUUUUUGUCUUUAUAAUUUUAUCCGUUCACGUCUGUAAGAAAAGUUAGAACGAUUUCAACUUUCUGUUUGGAGGUCAUCGAACAAUCAUAUUCCUGAAAUCACAAUUGUUUGGUCCAAUCCGUUUCAUGUGGUUUUUGAGUGAAAUUUCACCUUAUUGGUGUUGAUCAAUUUCUUAGCCCGCAUUAAUUAAUUUCAAUGAUGCACGUUUUACCUACAUGGCCUUUUUUAAGCACACGUCAAGAAAAAUAUAUAAAAAAGAAUAGUCGUAGGCUGAAAUAUCAUUGUUUUUAAAAGUAAGAAAAAUUCGAGUGUGAAUAAUUUUCUUGCAAUUCUCUCUUAAUCUACAACUGAUAAUUGUUUUUGCUUGCGAUUGUUUUUUUUAUACCUGUAAUAACUGCGACUUACAAUUAUAGAGCUCAAAGCAUGUAUAAAAUCAAUUUACAUGGAAUGCAAGUACUAGGUGUCUGUCCGUCACGCAAAAUGGUACUCUAAGUAGCGAAACGCUUUGAAGGCGGUAUGAAAAGACCAUGUGAACCCGUGGAUUUUUCCACGGGCAACCGACUAUUACAUACAUAAUACACAAUUAAAAUGUUUUGCCUCUCUAGCGGACCAAGGCUUAGUACAUGAAUAUUGAAUGUGGCUGGUACACUUGGUUUUUAUUUCUAGUUUCAAGCUCUUAUGUGUAUCCAGGAUAGUAGGAGGUGCGCAGGUUUUACCUGAAAAUAUCAAAGAGAACAAUAAUUACCGCCCGGUCCGUCAUCAUUCGCUUAGGGCCCAGUAUUGUCGCCGAUAUUAUUCAGAGGUUUUUGUAUGGAAUUGACUUUUGGUGUGCAGAUUCGAUGCCAUUUUAUCUAUUGUUUUCGCGAAACAGAAAGAACGUUACUCUUAGGAUGGGCAAGAACAUUCACUAACUCAAGCAUGUAUGUUUGAGAUUACUAUCUCCAUCAGUUGCUACGCAGGGACGAUUUCUCGACAGUCGUGGCUAGUUGAAUUUCCGCGCCCGAAGGCGUAGGAAAUUCUUUAAAACCGUCGUUUUUUUCUUUCGGAGCAUUUUUUGAGAAAAAAUCGACCCUGGGAUUUAACGUUGGUCCGUCACAGAUGUAAACUUCGUACCCAGGCUCCUAAACUACUGGGAAAUCUAGUAUUGACGCUUCAGGCCAAAAUUGGUAUUUGUUUUCGACAAAAUUUGGCACAGUUAAAAAAAAGUAUGGUGAAAAUAAUGGUGACAUAAUAAUUUUGAUUUUUGUCACCUAAAUGUCAUUUCAGGUCAAAAUUUAUCCAAAAAUUAAAACUGCUUUAUUUUCGACAAAAAUUGACACAGUUAAUAAAAAAUUUGAUUUUUUGUCAACUAAUGCCGUUUAAGACCAUAAACGUUUCAAUCGCAAGACUUUCAACCAUGAAUGAUAGGCUGUAUUAUUUGUUAGCAAUUUCUUUUAGAAUGUGAGUUUAUUAUGA